CAUGAAAAGGCCACAAAGUGACCGCCACUGACAGGGAGUCUUAACUAGAGAAGGAAACGGGACCAAACUGGCGGGCUCGGUGAAAGCGCGGCCGGCAGCGUCCCGGACGAGGAGCUACCUGAAAACGUUUGCUCCUAUGCAUAAAAAUGUCUUUGGUGGACCUGGGGAAGAGAUUGCUAGAAGCAGCAAGAAAAGGCCAAGAUGACGAAGUGAGAACACUGAUGGCAAACGGUGCUCCAUUCACCACAGACUGGCUUGGAACAUCACCCCUCCACCUUGCAGCCCAGUAUGGUCAUUAUUCCACAGCAGAAGUGCUGCUUCGAGCAGGUGUUAGCAGGGAUGCCCGGACCAAAGUGGACAGGACCCCCUUGCACAUGGCUGCAGCUGAUGGACAUGCUCACGUCGUGGAGCUCCUCGUUAGGAAUGGGGCAGAUGUGAAUGCCAAGGACAUGCUGAAGAUGACAGCUUUGCAUUGGGCCACAGAGCACCACCAUCGAGAUGUUGUGGAGUUACUUAUCAAAUACGGAGCUGAUGUGCAUGCUUUCAGCAAAUUUGAUAAAUCUGCCUUUGAUAUAGCCCUAGAAAAAAACAACGCCGAGAUUUUGGUCAUCCUCCAGGAAGCAAUGCAGAAUCAGGUGAAUGCUAACCCCGACAGAGCCAACCCUAUGACGAACUCCAUGACCAUGGCUGCUCCAUUCAUCUUCACGUCAGGAGACAUGGUUAACCUUGCCAGCCUUGUUUCUUCAACCAACACCAAAACCACCUCAGCCAAUUCAGAGGAAAUCAUAGAAGAAAAUGCUGUUGACUCAUCAAUUCAGCAAGUGGUGGGGAGUGGAGGCCAAAGGGUCAUCACCAUAGUGACUGAUGGAGUCCCUCUGGGUAAUAUCCAGACUGCAAUCCCUACUGGCGGUCUUGGCCAGCCAUUUAUUGUAACUAUGCAGGAUGGACAGCAAGUUCUAACUGUACCUGCUGCUGGUCAGGUUGCAGAAGAGACUAUAAUUAAAGAGGAAGAAACAGAGAAGUUGCCAGCAACAAAGAAACCAAGGAUAGAAGAGAUAAUAAACAGUGUGGAGGAAAACAAGGAAGGCAGCGAGAAAGAGCUUUUGCAGCAGCAACUCCAGGAGGCCAAUCGAAGAGCCCAGGAAUACCGACACCAGCUCCUAAAGAAAGAGCAGGAGGCAGAACAGUACCGUCGUAAACUGGAGGCCAUGGCUCGACAACAGCCCAAUGGAAUUGAUUUCACUAUGGUGGAAGAAGUAGCCGAGGUGGAUGCUGAAGUCAUCACCGAGAGUGAGGCGGGAUUGAGAGAGCCAGCAGUGACUGGGUCAGCAGGGACCAGAGAGCCUCCUACUGGAGUAUCCCUGGAAGCCGUUUCAUCGUAACAUACAAGGGCCGCAGCUUACACUGUGUUCAUCUUAUUCUCUUUUAAAAAGAAAAAAACAGAUGACAAACAUUGUAUAAAAAGUAAGAAUGUCCUUAAGAAGAAAAUAUAGCAGGGUACAAUUCUUGGGCUCAGGAAGGCUCUCUAUGCAACUGGAAAAUUCAAAGCCUUAGGAAAUACUUCUUCUGAGUGGCCGAAAGAAUAAGGACCAAAUUUAUCAGCUCACAUCAUUGCUUUAAGCUUAGAGGUUAAAGAAUGCCAGAUGUUGGGACCAGCAGAUGGCAUAGUGGUUAUGUCACUGGACUCCUACAUGGCCAAAUGCUGUUCGGGUCUUGGACCCGGUGACUUCAAAAUCACACCGGCUU